UAAAGCUCAAAAUUCGGUCAGUUAUUAGACUAGCUCAAUACGUUGUGUAUCAACCGCUUGCGACUGUUGUUAUUAGCUUAGACGACGCCAGAUACGCCGACCAGAAUUAAAGAAUAUGAGGUGGCUGGUGAUAUUGUUUAACCUUUUGUUCGUCAUCAAACUAUCCACCUCAAAUCCAUAUGAUGAUGGAGGCGGUGGUGGUGGUGGUGGUGACACUGGUCCUGGAUACGAUUACUCACCAGCUGGACCACAAAAUGAUCACCACGAAGAACACGUUCAUAUUGAGGAACAUCAUCCAGAACCACCACAUGGUGAAUGGAAGAAGAAGCUAACUUGGAAGGAGGAUUGGCAAAAGGUUUGGAAAACAGAGAAAAAAGAAUUCUGGGAAACUAAGUGGAAACAGGUGUCAGUGCCGGUAUGGAAAGAAUUCAAGUUUCCGGUUUGGAAGGAAGAACGAAUUCCAGAAUGGAAAGUCAUUAAAAAACCUGUUUGGAAAGAAAGGGACGUGCCUGCCUGGAAAGAGGUUAAAGUGCCAGUGUGGAAGAAGAUAAACAAACCAAUUUGGGUGGACGUAAAGAAAGCCGUUUGGAAAGAGAUCCAAGUACCUGACUGGAAGAAAAUUUGGGUGCCUGAUUGGGUUAAAAUGGGUAUUCCAGGUGAGAAAUAUUUGGGCAAGGAUCACGAAGGAUGGGAAUACACUAGUCAUGACCUGUGGCGAAAGAAAAUGAUCUGGAAACCCGAAUGGAAAAAAGUGUGGAAAACCGAAAAGAAAGAGGAAUGGGUCACCGAGAAGAAGCUAGAGUGGAAAGAGGAAUGGGUCCAGGAGUGGAAAACCGAAAAGAAACAAAUUUGGAUCAAAGAGAAAAAGGAAUUCUGGGAAGAGCACAAAAUCGAAGUCGUGAGAGUGGAAAAGGUGAAGGUGUGGGCCAAGGACAAAAAAUUGGUCUGGAAACAAGAGUGGAAAUCAAUGAAAGUGCCAGUAUGGAAGGAACGAAAAGUUCCCGCCUGGAAGAAGGUAUGGAAACCGGUUUGGGAAAAAGUGUGGGUGCAACAUGAAAGCCACGACCACCACGAAAGUCAUGGAUGGAAUAAAUAGUUUAAUUUUGUUUGUUAAAUUUUCAAUUCAGUUUGUAGGGGAUCUCAUACUCUUCAUCAUUUUGUAAAUAGUUUUCACAUCCAUUUUAGGCAUUAACCCAAUUUUCAUAAAAUACAAAACAAAAGGUGCCACUUUUGGGUUACCGCGGACAAAGACUCAAGAAACUUGUUUUUAAGUUAAUUUUAAAAUCAUUUAGUUCAUUGAAUCUUACAUUUUAUGUUUUAACGAAAAUGUUUUAUUAUCGAAAAUAAACGAAAAUCCUGAAAAAUGUU